AUGCCAAUGGAGCUCAGAAAGCGAAAGGCUCCUGCAGAGCCCAAAGACGCGCAGGUCGCAAGGAAAAGGACCAGCACCAAAGCUUCAGCCCCAAAGGUCAAAGAAUCGAAACCCAAGGCGGCGGAGACCAAGAAGAGCGCUCCAAAACCAUCCAGCCUCGAAGUCCCUACGGUUGGGACUGUCCUCGAUCUCGAGCAAUAUCAAGACGAGAUACAGCUUCAAGACGGCACCGCAACUUCUCUCAAGGCGCUUCUAGAGUCUAGCAAGGACGGUGUCGUAUUCUUCACGUAUCCGAAAGCCUCGACUCCGGGAUGCACGAGGCAAGCGUGCCUAUUCCGCGACCGCUACGACAACCUGUCCUCGACUGGAUUGUCGAUCUACGGCUUGUCUACUGACAGCCCAAACGCCAACACCAAGUUUAAGGAGAAGCACAACCUUCCCUAUCCGUUGGUCUGUGAUCCAUCAGCCAAACUGAUCGGGCCCAUCGGUCUCAAGAAGCAACCCAAGGGCACAAUUCGCGGAGUCUUCGCCGUUAACAAGGCUGGCGAAGUGCUCCUCCUCAAAGCCGGAGGUCCAGAGGCUACUGUUGCUCUUGUCGAAAAGUUGGUAGCUGGGGAUUCAGAUGCUGACUGA